CUCUUAAGUGGCUCCUGGAGCUCGGACCUCAUCGGCCACCAACGGAUCCACACAGGAGCAAAGCCCUUCAAGUGCCUGGAGCAUGGGAAAAGCUUUGCCUGGCACUCAGCUUUCAGCAACCACAAACACAUCCAGGAAAGAAAGAAGCCCCGUAAGUGCCUGGUAUGUGGGAAGAGCUUCACCUUGUGCUCAGAUCUCAUCAACCACCAACGAAUCCACACGGGAGAGAAGCCCCACAGGUGCCUGGUGACUUGCGGAAAGCAGACUCCAAAAUCGAUUCGGUUGAGUUAUUUCCAUAAUCUGCUCCUGUCCACGCUUGCGCAGGGCCUCCUAGUGGUGGUCGUCAAGGGUCUGCUGGAGUGCGGCAAGAGCCUUCCCUCAUGCUCAGCCCUACACACCCACCACCGUGUCCACAGAGAGAAGCCCCUCAAGUGCCUGGAGUGUGGGAAGAGUUUUGCCAAAAGCCCAGCCCUCCUGUGUCAGGGGAUGACACGCACCAAGGAGAAGCCCUUUCCCUGCCCCACCUGUGGGAAGAGCUUCCAUUUUCGCUCGUUCCUUGUUGAGCACCAACAACACUCGACCCUUAUGGAGCACCAACAAAUGCACACAGGAGAGAAGCCGUACGCCUGCCCCCACUGCAAAAAGACCUUCUGAAGGAGGUAUCUUCUCUUCAGGCAUCAGCAAGCCCUCCACAGCAGUGAGUACAUGCAGGGGGUGUCUCAUGAGAUGGCCCCUGCCUUGGUGGGGCUGUGA